UUUACAAUUUUGUUUAACUCGCAUCUUUCUGGAAAUGUCACAAAAUAUAAUAGACGAAGACGCACAUACAUUUCGUGAAACAAAACUAUGUAUAAAAGUGACAAAUAAAGGGAUGUUCAUCAAUGGCAGCUGGAGCAAUGAGAAAUUGCUCAACUUACUCAAGGAUAAACUUGUACAACGUGACAAAAUUAAAUCUUUACCUGUGUAUACUGAUGGGCAAUAUGAUGUAUCGUUUAAUAAAUCAUUACAGUUUAUUAUCCACAGUGGAAUAUACAACGAAUGUGUCUUACUAGAACUGGAAGGGAAAGGCAUGUCGCCACACAGCAUCAUGAAGGCACUCAAAUAUGGUCUUCUUAGUCUCACUUCCGAAGAACAGAAAUAUUUUCAAGAUUUUGAAACAGAAAUGAAAGAUACAUGGACAAAGAAAAAAUUUGACGAGAAAUUGAUUUGGAAUCUGAUCGUUGCUGGAUUAACUGAAAAUCAAUGUUGGAAUAUUAUUCUGUGUGGGCUGGUGUCUCAGGAUGAAAAUAUAUUAUAUCGACUUUUAUCGAACGGCAUCGAUGUCCCAGGAAUUUUGAGCUGGCCGGGGAAAUCAAAACCAGUUACACCAACAAUGAUUCGUUUCUUAAAAAAGCUUGGAAUGGACGAAGAUACUCUUUCUUAUGUAAAAGAGAACGGUAUCGAUGAUGAAGAUGAAGAUAUGCUAAUUGAUCUCGGAUAUAAUGAAUACAAAGAAAAGGAAGUUUUAGAAGAAGUAUUAUGUGAAUGCAAUCUGACUAUAUUGGAAUCGCAUUCUACUCUCCUGGAAGCACAAACAGCAUCUGACACUGCAUCUGGUAGUCCUUCGUUAAAGUCAUUUUCUUCCUGUAUUUUAAAUAAAGCAACUCCUUUAUCGAAUGUUUCUACCUCUACACAGUACCAUUUUGCCGCUUGCACCUGUUAUUUGAAUUUAUUGCCAAAAGAAAAGGAUGGUGAAAGUCUGAAGAGAAACGAUUACUUAAGACAAAAUGUAAUGGUGCCAUUAUCAUGGGCAAUAAGUAGAGCUUUAAGAUAUGAGCCUUCAGAUCCUAUUCAUUACAUAGCCCAACAAUUGUUACGUUGGAAAUAUGAUAAUGUUCCACAAGAGGAAGUACAUAAUGCUCACCAGUUUGUCGCUUCUGUUACAAUAAUAAUGGAUCAAAGACUUAUGAAAAAACGUAAGCGUGAAGAAGAAGAUGCUGUUAGACGCUUAAAUGAAGCUGCUAUGAAAGAUAUUAUUUGCGAUGUAUGUUUAGAGCGACAAAAAUUGUAUCGCAUUAAAGAGCGUUGUUGGAAAUGUACAAGAGUGCCAAUAUCAGCGCAAGCAAAAUAAGUUUGCAAAAAGAAGCGGUAUCAUGAAUAGCGGG